GUUUAAGAAUUUAAAAACUAUAAGUUGGUUACAUUCUAAAUGUGCAGCUUGAUCAUUUAACUAAUAUAUUAAACUCAUAAAACAUUUAUGUUUUACUUUUGUAAGUUCUUUAUAAAUUUGAAUUUAUUUUCAAAAUCUUGGAAUGUUUAGCAAAUUAAUACAGAAGUUCAUAUUCGAAAGUUAAACAGUUUGGGUUUUCGAUGUUUUCGUUAAUAUGCAAGACGACGACUUUGGAUUUCAUUUUAUCUUUGAUGAACAAAAUACUGAUAUUUUGUAUCAAAGACCUAUAAAUACCUUCAAAUUAACUGAUCCAGUUUUAGUGCGGCGAAUAUAUUUACUCGGGCGAACAAUUCGAAGUGUUUUCGAUAAAAAUGGUAUCUUUUAUUGGACAUCCGGCGGCACAACCUUAGGUUUAGUUCGUCAUCAGGGUUUAAUUCCCUGGGAUGAUGAUCUUGAUCUGUGUGUUUUAAGCAAGGACGAAGACAAACUUCGUAAUUUAGUUACGGCGCUUGCUGAUAACAAUCUUGUAAUACGAGAGCACCAUACUUUUGGUUAUCGUAUAUAUAGCUCGAUAGAAUCUGUUCCAAUUGACGAACAAAGACAAGACAUUCCUGGACUAGAUUAUCGUUAUCCGUUUUGUGAUAUAUUCAUUAUGCAGAAAGUAAAAUCUAGAUAUGAACUCUCUCGAUCAUCUGCCAAAAGUCUUUGGCCAAAUGAAUGGUAUAGUGAAUCGGACAUCAACUCGUGUGAGCAUUUACCGUUUGGUGAUUUUUAUUUCCGUUGUCCUGGCAAUUAUUCCGAAUACUUAAACCGAACUUAUGGAGCUGAUUGGAAUCGAUUAGGUAAAACGCAUAACUACUGUCAUAGAUCUCGAGAUUGGGUUACUCCUGUAACUUUUUCGAUUACUGAUGCAAUAAGCGGUCCGGCUUUACCGUUUAGUUAAAUUUUUAUUGAGGAGAUUAGUGCUGUUGCAGUUUUUUUAGAAAUCAAUGAUAUAAAAAUUACUAUUUUUAGUCCGUUUUUCAAUACCCAUGCUAAAAAGUACCUUUUUUAAAAAAAAAAAAAUUGUAUAGUUUAUAAGAAUGUUGAAUUGGAUGAAUUGGAAAAAAAUGAAACAAAAAAAAGAAAAAACUAAAGAUUUAAAAAUUGCUGUUUAAAAGAUAAUUCAAAUGGUAACUUUUUUCUAAUAAAUAAUAUUUACCUGAAAUUCGGUUCGAUGAUUGUUUUAUGUGUAACUUUUAAGUGGAUUAACAUUUUUAAUUUUUUACUGC